AUGUUCGCCGCACGAAGAGCAUUGACUGGCGCAGUCCAAUGCAGAGCUUUCUCUGCUUCAGCUAGAGAUCUGUCUAAAGUUACAGUUCUCGGUGCUGCUGGAGGAAUUGGACAACCAUUAUCUCUUCUCCUCAAGUUAAACCCCCGCGUCACCGAUUUGGCAUUGUACGAUAUCCGUGGAGGUCCAGGUGUCGCAGCAGAUAUCUCCCACAUCAACACCAAAUCUAAGGUUAAGGGAUAUGAGCCAACGCCAUCUGGUCUCGCCGCCGCCCUCACAGGUGCUGAAAUCGUCUUGAUCCCAGCUGGUGUCCCACGUAAACCCGGUAUGACCCGUGAUGAUCUCUUCAACACCAACGCAUCCAUUGUUCGCGAUCUCGCCAAGGCUGCCGCUGAGUCUGCACCAAAUGCAAAGAUUCUCGUCAUUGCCAACCCAGUCAACUCAACCGUCCCAAUCGUUGCCGAGAUCUUCAAGGCAAAGGGAGUUUACAACCCAAAGAAACUUUUCGGUGUUACCACUUUGGACGUUGUUAGAGCCAGCAGAUUCGUCAGUGAGAUCAAGAAGUCCGACCCUGCCAACGAGAACAUUGUUGUUGUUGGUGGUCACUCCGGUGUUACCAUUGUUCCUCUUUUCUCGCAAUCCACCCACCCAGAUCUUGUCGGUGACGUAGACCUUCUUAGGCGUGUUCAAUUCGGUGGUGAUGAAGUUGUUCAAGCUAAGGAUGGUGCUGGUUCCGCUACCCUCUCCAUGGCUAUGGCUGGUGCCCGUAUGGCCGAAUCAUUAUUGAGAGCUUCCCAAGGAGAGACUGGUGUUAUUGAGCCAACUUUCGUUGACAGCCCAUUGUACAAGGAUCAAGGUGUUGAUUUCUUUGCCAGCAAGGUUGAGUUGGGUCCAGAUGGUGUUAAAGAGAUUUUGAAAGUUGGAAAGAUUAAUGAUUUUGAGAAGAAGUUGUUGGAGGCAUGCUUGGCCGACUUAAAGAAGAACAUCCAAAAGGGUGUUGAAUUCGUCGCCAAGAACCCAGGAAACUAA